CGUGUUAUGAGUCUUGUACGAGACGCCGUUCGCGUCGGCCCACGCGCAGCACUUCUUCUCGUCGGCCACGACGAACGCCACCGGCCGGUUAUGGCUGCGGCGCGCGCGUCGACUGUUUUAGCAGCCCUAGCUUACAGACUGUCCUGGAGCCUUCGGGCUCGUCGGAAACUUGCGUGCGCGACGGCUGCGAUCGAUAUAAGCACUCUUCAGCGGCUGUACCGUGCUACGGUUCCGCACAGACAGCAGCCGCGGCCUUUUAAGCUCACGAUUUUGCUAAGGACCCGUACACAAGACGAGGAUGCCUAGGUGGACGAGUAUGCUUAAAAUGACGGUUCAUUCGUGCAAGCCCCGGCUCGGAGCCAACCAGACGCAUUCGUUUUUGCUAGUGUCUCUCACAGUAGCUGAUUAUCGUGUGCAAUUGAGCUUGAGAGCGACGCAGGCUAAACGUCCAACACACGCAAGGCAGGGUGCUCAGAACUGCACAUACAUAGCGACGAACGAAGACGCACAAAAUGCUGCGCUUGAGCUUGCUCGCUGCGCUGCCAGCCACCCUCGCCCUCGUGGCCCCAACUGCACCGCGACGACAGACGAGCCUGCGCGACUACACGUUAGACGACGCCCCCAUCGGAGGACCCUUAGAACCGGUGGCCAACUACAUCCUCGUCAAGAUCGACGAUGGGAUCGACGCCACGAAAGGAGGCGUGUUCCUCCCAGAUCAAGCGAAGGAAAAACCCAGUGCUGGUAUUGUGGUCGCGGCGGGCGCGGGCAAGGCCCACCCGGACACGGGCGUCGUCGUCCCCAACCCGGUAACGGAGGGCGAUCGCGUUUUAUAUGGCAAGUUCGACGGCACUUCAGUCAAGUACUGCGGCGAGGACCAUCAAUUAAUCAAAGACGACGACAUUCUGUUGUCAUGGGCCGGCGACGCCUCCAUGACGUUAGGAGAAGUCAAGUGCGUCGCGGACAACGUCCUCGUCCAGGUCACGAAAGUCGAGGAGGAGACGGCCUCAGGUAUCGCUCUCGCGGCCGGCGUCUCGGAGCAAACUAGAACGACGUCCGGCGUUGUCGUGAAGACCGGGACGGGUAGAGUGGCGGCCGACGGUGCGUCCGUGCCCGUACCGGUAGAAGUGGGCGAGAGCGUCAAGUUCAAGGACUACGCGGGCGCGGACAUUAGGUUGGACGGCGAGGACUACAUCGUCGUGCGCGUGCCGGACUGCCUCGCGAAGUGGACCGAGUAAGUGGCUUUAGUAUUG